GGCGUAUAAAAGUGGUGCGCCGCGCCGGCAGCCACUAGAAGCCGUGUGUACGUCGCAGCGGUGUGGUCACGAUCGAGACAGCGCGGCGCGGCGCGGACCACUCAGCAGAGCACCGAGGACACCGGUGUCGGAUCCACGGACCCACAGACGGACAGGAGGGCCGUGGACAGAACGGGAGCCGGCUCCAUCCACAGGGAGAUAGCUCCGAGCAUGACCACCGUCUGGAGGCUGGUGCUGCUGACUGCUCUGGCGGCCGUCGCCACCGGACAGGACAGCCAGUACUGCAGCUUCACACCCAAACACACGCUCUGCCAGUUCUCGGGCCCCGGACCGGCCUGUGACCAGCUGCAGGCUCGGUCAGUCGGCACUGAGGAGGCCAAGUACAUCGUGGCCGAGCACAACCGGCUCCGGGCCCGGGUGGCCAACGGACGCGAGACGCGCGGCAAGUCCUUCAGCCAGCCGUCCGCCUCCAACAUGCGGCAACUGGAAUGGGACGACGAGCUGGCCAGGGUAGCGCAGAGACAUGCCGAACAGUGCGUCUUCCAGCACGACUGCCGAGACUGCAAACGAGUCGCGCGCUUCAAGGUGGGCCAGAACCUGUACAGCUCCUCCAGCACGCGUCUGGAGAACAUCCCGGAGUGGAAGAGGGCCGUGUACGCCUGGUACGACGAGGUGGCCAUGUUCGACCCGCAAAACAUCGAGCCGUUCGUAUUUGAGACCAGCAUCGGCCACUACACGCAAAUGGCGUGGGCGGAGACGAGCCGUAUCGGCUGCGGCUACACCCUGUACAAGGAGGGCCCCUGGUGGACCAAGCUGUACGUGUGCAACUACGGCUCGGCGGGAAACUUCCAGCGGGGACAAAUGUACGAGCGGGGCGCCGCGUGCAGCAACUGCCCGGCCGGCACCUCCUGCUCCAGAGAGUUCCCCGGCAUCUGCAUGGAUGACUCGUCUUCGACUACUAAUCCUACCCAGCGCCCUACGACACGUCCUACUCGGCCCCCCACCCAACGUCCCACCCAGCGUCCCACGCAGCGUCCCACCCAGCGUCCCACCCAGCGUCCCACGCAGCGUCCCACGCAGCGUCCCACGCAGCGCCCCACCGCGGCCCCGUUCCCCGUGGAGCGCCCCUCGGCGGGGGCCACCCUGUUCAGCUGCGACCUGGACCGGGACGGGUGCCGCGUCAAAUACUCCGGCUCCACCUGGAAGAUCGUUCGGACCAGCUCAUCGCAACGUCGUAUUCUGGGCACGGCCGUCACGUUCGGACGCUCCACGGAGCUGACGUUCCAGAGCGAUAUCACGCCGCCGGCCAGCCGGACCGUGUGCGUCACAUUCGCCUACAUGAAGUACGAGCUGCGCGGCAACACGCCGGUGGAGCUGGAGGUGGCGCUGGACCCGUCGGCCGGCUCCCGGGAGCGCGCCGUCACCCAGGUGAUCCGGCCGAACGCGCGCGGCCGCCUGCGCCGCGGCCAGGUCGAGCUGCGCGGCGCGCCCGCCCGCGGACAGCUGCGCUUCUCUGCCUCCGUGCCCACCUUCGCCUUCGGGCAGGCCACCGUGCUGGCACUGGACGACGUGAAGGUCCGGUCCGGCCGCUGCUGAGGUCAGGUCAGCACCGGUCGGCGGGUCGGAUCAGCGGCAGCGGCCCAGAGCCGGCACCGCUCUGGUCUCCAGCGCACACCGGCCUCCAGAGGGCGCUACUCGGUUCACCGCCGGACCGCCAGGUGGCAGCAGCGGCGCCACCGAGCCGCUCCAAACCGUUUGAAGGCGACGGCGACUGAAUGGCAAAAGACAGGCCCAUCAGCCGCUCGCUCGUGUGUAUAGUCUGACUUGAUCAGAUGACAGGCUCCUGUGUAAGACGCGUCAGUAUUAGGAAUGUUCCCUCGCAUUCGUGGUCGCUCAAUGUUCGGAGUGGAAGAUCCAGCAUGGACACAUUGGACAGCUCGCUCAAUCUGAUGUCUGUUUUACUUUGUGACAAGUCAGCACUGAGCUGUGCGUCGAUAAAGCUCCAAAUUGCAUGCUUGUUCUUUUUAUUUAUGCAAUGUCUAUGUUUCAUUCUGCACCGUACUCCGACUCACACUCUUUUUAUCUCCUGGCCACCGAACAAAUAAGGAACGAAUAAUCUCUUAGAGUAAGUAAUCAUGGUUCAUGUUGUGUUGUUUUUGUCUGAAUGUACAACGGGUUGUCAUAUAUGUUUUCUUAUAGUUGUUUAAGGUCAUUCAAGUUCCAAAGGUCUCUUUCGAUAUGAAGAACACAUAGUGGGACGAAUGUGUCAUUGCUCCUUGCUCGAAAGCUAUAUUCGAUCAUUAUUUAUAAUGACUACGUCAUGAACCAUCAAGUAAACCCUAUCGGCCUCUUCUGUUCAUGGAAUAUUCAUCAUGUGUGUGUGUGCGCGCCUUUUUAUAUGCUUUAGCCAUUAUUUAUUCAUAAGGUCGUGAAGUAUUUAUAGAUGAAUUAUCAUAUGUUCUCUCUUCGAUGUUUUUGAUGAAAUACAUUGACGAGAGGACUUUA